AUGCGUGGACAAGCUCGCGCACCUCUCGCUGCUGCCGCGCUGGCAGCAACAGCGGGAGCCUCAUCUCUCGCUGACCUAUGCACGGUGUCCAAUGUGCAGAAUGCGCUACCAGCAAAUGGAACGCUACUUGGCAUAGAGUUGAUUCCCUCAACUGUGACCGCUAACACAGUUUCCAAUGCAUCGGUCUCAUCAAUGUUCACGACGUCGUCAGAUACCACUUACAACUACUGUAAUGUGACUGUCUCCUAUACACACACUGGAAAAGGGGACAAAGUUGUGCUCAACUAUGCUUUUCCCGAUCCUUCUCAAUACGCCAAUCGUUUUUAUGUGCUUGGAGGAUCAGGAUAUAGUCUUGCCACGGAUCCAACGGAAGGCCUACCGUACGGAGCGGUAGGUGGAGUUACUGAUGCCGGCUAUGAUGCAUUCUCAAAAAGUUACGACGAAGUUUUCCUCUACGGAAAUGGUUCAAUUAACUGGGAUGCUACAUACAUGUUUGCGUACCAGGCACUCGGAGAAUUGACUAUUGUUGGAAAGCCGCUCACUCAAGCGUUCUAUGCCUCGUCCAACAAGAUAUACACGUAUUUCGAAGGAUGCUCCGAUGGUGGACGCGAAGCCAUGAGUCAAGCCCAGCGCUGGGGAACUGAAUACGAUGGAAUCAUUGCUGGUGCCCCUGCUUUUCGUUACGGACAACAACAAGUGAACCACGUGUUUUCAUCCGAAGUCGAGCACACUCUGGACUACUUUCCUCCUCCGUGCGAGUUGGAAAAGAUUGUGAACCUGACUAUCGCUGCCUGUGAUCCUAUGGACGGAAGAACAGAUGGUGUUGUAUCAAGAACCGAUUUAUGCCAGCUAAACUUCAAUCUCAGCUCUACUAUUGGCGAGCCCUAUUACUGCACUGCUCAAUCCAGCACUUCUCUUGGCUUUGGUUUCAGCAAGCGCCAAGAUUCAAGCAUGUCUUCUUCUUAUGAACCUGCUCAGAACGGCACUGUUAGUGCAGAGGCAGUUGCUGUUGCUCAAACAAUAUAUGAUGGCCUCCACAAUUCCCAAGGGGAGAGGGCAUAUCUCUCAUUCCAAAUUACGGCUUCGCUAGGUGACGCCGCCACCGAGUACGAUAAUACCACUGGCUCCUGGGAGCUCGAUAUUCCAUCCACUGGAGGUGAAUUUGUCACAAAAUAUGUGGAACUCCUUGAUCUCGACAAUUUAUCCAACCUUGACAAUGUUACUUAUGACACUCUGGUUGACUGGAUGAAUACAGCCAUGGUGAGAUACAUGGAUAGCUUGCAAACCACCCUCCCAGACCUGACUCCCUUUCAAUCUUCGGGUGGCAAAUUGUUGCAUUACCAUGGUGAAUCGGAUCCCAGUAUUCCAUCUGCAUCAUCUGUUCACUACUGGCAAUCAGUUCGAUCCAUUAUGUACAACGGCACUUCAGCGAACUCUAGCCUGGACGCCUUGCAAGACUGGUACCAGCUAUACCUUAUCCCCGGUGCGGCUCACUGCGGAACAAAUUCGCUGCAGCCUGGUCCGUAUCCAGAGGUAAACAUGAACAUCAUGAUCGACUGGGUUGAAAAUGACGUGAUGCCGACGAGACUGAAUGCUACUGUAAGCUCAGGCACCUAUGAGGGGGAGACUCAGAUGCUUUGUCAAUGGCCGUCACGCCCUCUGUGGCACUCCAACAGUUCCAGUUUUGACUGCGUCUUUGAUCAGGGAUCCUAUGACACAUGGACAUAUACCUUCCCUGCUUUCAAGAUACCUGUCUACUAA